AAACUCCGCCUACGCCUGUAACAACAUGUAGUUGCUCAACUCCUCGGUCCUAUGCUGCGCCCUGUCAGUGCGUAGACAGAGCCCAGCCUUGCUGCUGCGUGGACGCACAGCUCUUCGCGGUCUGUUCUGCGCGUGUGUUCUUGCGGAUUGCUGGGAAUUCUUUGGGUCUUGGGUGGUCGUUGUUUUCCCUUUUUGGGAAGUAAAUUGAAGGAUUAUCAAUUGGCGCGUUUGGUUUUUCGGGGGACUGUGUUGGCUUUGGAAUUUUACCCGUUUGGAUAGAGCGACGUGAGUGACUCACCAACAUGGUUUUCCUGUACUGGAAUAUUUCGAUACUGCUCUCGUUCUGUUGCGUGUUCAUGUCCGCGCCAGGCGACACAGAGAGUCUUCCCCCGCCUGUGAACGCCACCCUGACCUGGAAUAAAGAAUUCUGCCCCGUAAUCGAGUGGACCAGGCCCAACAUAUCAGACACAUGCGUGGUCAACUACACUGUAUCAAAGUACCGCGGCUCCGCCUCACCCCAGCCGACAAAAGUCAGAGACCCCAGAUAUCUAUCUAAGUGUGAGUCUCGCGAGGAGGAUUUGACCUUUGAGAUCAGCACACGGCCCUUGCAGAACUGCCCUGGUCUCAAAGCAAGCAGCCCCAUUAGGAUACACUAUCCACGCUUACCAGAUGUUGUAAAGGGUUUUACGUGUGCCUAUUACGCCUCUGAGUCUCUCAACUGCUCCUGGCACCCCGACGACCGACACACGAACCUACGCAGUUACUACAGUUUCUCAAAUAACUCUAGUGUAACAGAGCUCCGCCCUUGUCCUCAUGACCAGUACGAGGGCUCGCGUCUGAUUGGCUGUCACCUGAGAAGUAGCUUGGUAGGACCCAAUCACGUCUACUUCCUCAUCAACGCCUCCAGUGACCACACCCCCAUCUACAGCACCUACCACAGAGACAUCAAGUAUUUCUACCGCCCUCCCCCCCCGGUGGUGUCUGUGUCUCUGGUGAAGGCUAACCUAAAUAUCUCCUGGAGCCCCCCCAACUUCAGGCAGCUGGGCUGCUUCCACUACCAGCUGCAUUACAACGCAUGUGGAAAGCACGAGGUUCAAACCCACGAGGAAACAUCGGUUACUGUGCCUUAUGACCCCAAGUGCCAGUACAGCAUCAGGGUGAAGACCUUUGUCCCCACCUGUGGAGGUGGAGAGAGCCUACCCAGUCAAGUGCAGACCUACGGUCCGGACAGUGGUGAUGCGGUGCUGGUGCUGGUGGCCGUGGGAGUGUGUGUGUUCCUCGUCCUCUGCGCUCUCCUCGUCUGCUUCUUCUACAAGUAUAAGGAGAAGCUUCUGCCCAAGAUUCCGGAGCCCAGGCUGGACAGAAGCAUUAGAGGACUCAUGGAGCGGCUGUACGUGCCCGUGAGCGAGGACGUGGAGGGGAACCUGGAGGUGUGUGUUGACACCAGGCAACCAAUGCUGGCUCUCUCCUCUGACAUACGCACACACUCGGCCAGCAACACACACUCAGGGCAUGGCAACACUCACACAGGGAGUGGCGAUACACACACAGCGAACAGCCCACAGCACACAGGGAGUGGUAACAGACACACAGCAAACAGCCCUCAACACACAGGGAGUGGCGAUACACACACAGCGAGCAGCCCACACACAGGCAACAGCAGUGACACACACUCACACACAAGCAACAGCAUAGACACAGGUAGUGGCACCACACACACAGGCAACAGUAUACACACACACAUAGCCACAGAAACACACACAACUAGUGACACACGCACAGAAAACAACAGACACUCAGCUAGCAGCACACACACAUGCAAUAACACAACACACACAGACACAAGCACGGCACACACACACAAUAACACACACACAGACAGGGACACACAAGACAACAGUGGCACACACACAGGUGCCAACACAAACACAGAUGACAAGACACACACGGUAGAGGAGAGUAUGGUCGAUAUGGACUACAGCAGUGUGACAAGAAGAUGAAAACACACACACACACACACACACAUACACACAUACACACACACACACACACACACACACACACACACACAUAUAUAUAUAUACAGUAUAAACUCACCUCUUGAAUGUGUUGAAUUGAAAUAGAAAAGGCUGCUUCAGAGCUGUGCAGUGCUUGUUUGUGUCACAGUUUGUGUGUGUGUGUGUGUGUGUGUGCGUGCGUGUGUGUGUGAGUGCGUGCGUGCGUGCGUGAAAUACAGUAGCAUUGCACUUCUGCACACUGUACAUACAAUGUAAAUACUGUACAUAUGUUUGAUAUGUUUAUAUGGUUUACAAAUAAAG